CUUCCGUAUCCGUCUCUCCGCUCGACGUAAUUUUAAAGAAACAUGGCGGACGAAGUCGAGCAGCAACCAACUACCAACACAGUCGAGGAGCCGCUUGACCUGAUCAGGCUCAGUCUGGAUGAGCGGAUCUAUGUCAAGAUGAGGAACGACCGGGAGCUCCGGGGCCGUCUGCAUGCGUAUGAUCAGCACCUGAACAUGAUCCUGGGGGAUGUGGAGGAGACGGUGACGACCGUGGAGAUCGAUGAGGAGACGUAUGAGGAACUCUACAAGUCUACAAAGAGAAACAUCCCCAUGCUGUUUGUCAGAGGCGACGGCGUGGUUCUCGUAGCUCCGCCCCUCAGGGUGGGCUGAAACCAGACGCUUGAUGGACGGCCGGUUUGUUGUCCAUGUCUGCUGUAAAGUGUUGCCCACUUUCUUUGUUUCUGCCUUGAUUAUACUUCUAAUUUCACGAGUAAAACUUCUCCCACUCUAAGUUGCCUGCAGACACAUUUUUGAGUGAAGAAUUGGAGCAAGAUAAGAAUGACAGCAUUUUUUAGUUUUAUUUUGUGUAGCUGUUGUUGAACUCGUCGGUGGGUACUUCAUUUGACUUUGCUCAGGAUAUAAAUAUUUUCAGAUUUGAUGUAAUUGUUAGUUUUACAUUCUGUACUUGUGUCACAAAAUGUCUCAUUGUGAUUCCAGGUUGUAUUUUUGAAGUAUUGGCAGGCAUACGUUUUUUUAAUUAAAAUUGUGAUUCAUUAAUAUCCCAGUUAUUAUGUAGAUGUGUCUCAGUAGUCCAUUAUGUCACAAAUAUUAAGUUUGAAAGGUUUCAUUUAAUAAUUUUUUAUCCCGAUUUGUAUUUUUGUGUUUAAAUCAUAUCCAUUUGUAAACAUUUUUCAGUUGAACAAUUAAAAACAUGAAAAACAA